CUCACAUUCACGGACUGGGAUGCGAGAGAACCCGACGAGAUGGAGACCUUCAUCCAUCUUCACCUGAAUCUGACCGAUCUUGGGAGUCAAGCCAAGAUGUGACCGUCACGGCGCGUCAUAGUUUGGAUCUGUCCAGCCUUUACAACCCUUGUUUCUAUAGCAACAGAAAUAUCAGAGUAUCCUAAAAGUCCCAUACCCACAAUGCAGUCCUCAAACUGCUCCUCUCAGCCUCCAAAGGCUAGGCGUUUUGACGUCAACCGACGGAACAAUACCAUAGCUGGACCAAAGUCUCAUGGCCCUGGGUUUCAGAGGGAGGAUAAAAACAUGAACACAAUCACUACUUCCUCCCCACGCCGGGUUUCUAAAGGCCCCUCUGCUCCCUCCAGGACCAGAGUGGGAGUGCAGCCUCGAGCACCGGUAACCCAGUCCAGGUUUGGCUCACAAAAACAGGGUUCCACCAUCUCCAAAUCAACUAAACCCAAACCGAAGACUGCUCGUACAUCGGCAGCAACCCAAAUUGCACCUGAAGCCGCUCCUCCUGCGCUUCCCCCUGAUCUUCCUCUUGACCCCAACUGCAACGAGCCAAGCCUCCCGUGUUUGUGCUGCGAUGGCCGCUCACCACAGGACAACAACAGUAUGUUCAACCAUAACCACAACAACAACAAUACCAUCUCUCUCAGACAGCAAAUGCAGCUUCCUCCUCCUCCGGCCCCAUUACCCCAGAGGCAGGAUGGGACAGGGGCCAAGGAGCAGCCUCAGCCUCCUUCACAAGCACAGGCCCAGCUGGAUCCCUCUGCUCGCCCUGCUGCCAAUCUGGAAAAUGAAGGCAAGAAUGCAGAUGAAAACGCUGAUCUGGACAACAAGAAAAAUGUAAAAGUAGAGGAAGUGGAAGAUGAGGAAGAGAACAGCGGGGAUAUUGAUAUUGACGUUGAUGAUGAUGAAGGUGACAAUGAUGAUGAUGACGAUGAUGAUGACACCCUGGUCCCCUCAUGCUGUGACUGUCCCCCCUCCCUCCUGGAGUUCUCCCUCACCUCUUCUACUUCUUCAUCCUCCACCUCCAUCAGCUCCUGCUCUGACCUGGAGUCUGACUGUGCAGAUCAAUCCGCCUCCGUCUGCUCUUCCCACGACCAAGAUAAUCUUUCUGUCGCUCUGUCUCCCAAAGACCACUCUCUUCCUCAAGCCCCUGAAUGCCAGCCUCCUGCACGUUCACCCCCUUCCCUUCCUCUCAACCGUAAUCCCUUCUCACACUCCCCCAUUCCUCCUUGCUCCCCAGAUGAGGGCUACCCCUCUGCCCUAGACUCCCCCUCUCCUGACUACUUAGGAGUCAAAGGUGAUUCAGAGGUUACCAAGCUAGGCUUGCUUGACUUCUUAGAAUCAGUAGGGGAGUUUGGGAAAAUGGAGCGCUUCAGCCAGGUGAUCCAAGUGGCUCGUUGGGAUCUGGAGGGGGAGCAGCACUGGGAUGUUCUGAGGGAUAGGUUAGAUCACCUGGAUCGCUUGGAGAAAGUUAACAGGGAAGUAAAACUGGCCUACAUCGCUAGACUCCACGACAAGGGAUUUGAUCUUGGAGAUCUGGAGGAGCAAGACCUCUCAGAUGUCAUGGAUGAAAUGGGUAACAUCGACAUUUCCUGGAAGUUGUACAAAAACCGCGGGGGAAGUAUGGGAGACUCUCAGGAGUUUUCUGAUGCUGGGGUUGACCUCACUGCUCCUUCAGACUGUGAUGAUCCUCUUGUUCCAGAUUCCCUCACCCCUUCCCCUGUUGAGCCACCACCUCGACCCCCCAAACCUCCAGCGCGUCAUGCCAGCGUGAGCUCUGACCUCCACACCUACAUCAAUAUCAGCAGGGAGACCAUCUCCAUGGCUGUCUCCACCUCUCCUACAUUGUCGACUUUCUCCCCUAACUCCUCGUCCCCCACGUUCACCACUUUUAGAUGUGAGAAACCCUUACCUCCAUCUCCCCCAUCCAUUCCUCCACUCCCUGCCUCUAAACCCGUCCCUUACCUCACCCUCUAUACCACUCCUUCUCCACCUCCAUCUAUCCCCACCCCAACUCCUCCCAUCCCUCCCCCUCGGAAACGACACCUUGCCAGGAAGGAAGCACAGCGUCUUGCUGCUCUUCAAGCCGAACAGGAAAAGACCCCUCUGUCCCUCCCACCUCCUACCACACGCCCUCCACCUCUGCCUCCUCCACCUGUUAUCUCACUCUCUUCCUCAUCUCCCCCUGCCAUACCACCACCACCACCUGCCCUGCCUCCUCCCCCCUCCUUCCAUGCACUGGAUGUGGAGAUUCGGAAGCUACUGAUGCUUGCAGGAUUGACCCAAGCUGAGCUCCUCAAACUCAGCCCAGAGCUUGGCGACUGUGUAGGAGGGUUAGAGGACCAGGGCAACGGUGAUAAUCUUAUCACAUCUAGAUCUGUGGAGCUACAUGACUUCAGACUAAAAGACAGUGAGGAAGAAAAGGAAUGCGACUCCAAGUUGAUGGCCAGAGAUGGAUGGAGCAGCAGAGGCAAGUUGGAUGGAGAUCGAAGAGUAGAUGUACUCGGAGAAGCCACAGAAGGCAAAAAGAAAGAGGACGCACAAAGAACCACCUCCUUCACCGAGAUGGCAAGAAGAAGGAAGAGGAACAGUGGUCUGACUUCGGACCCUUACUACAGCACCGGUCUUAGCAAUACGCAUGAAACUAAAGGGAAGAAUAUGAGCUUUGAGACUUUCCAUUAUCCUGCCGAAUUACCGGAUUCGCCUCCCCCUCCUCCUCCUCCUCGUCCCUUACCCCCAAUCCCCCCAUCUUUGCCAACUCCCAAAGUUAGCACUCUCUCAGCUAACUCUGCACAGCCUGAGCGAUUUGAUUGGCUCAUAGCAUUCACCCCUGAUUGUGAUGCCCCACCACAGCCCCCGCCCAUUGAAAUGAGAAAAUCACACAUAGAAACCACAAAGAAGAUCAGUUCAUCAGGGUCAACUCCAGGAUCAGCCCCAAAAGUCACAACGUUCAAAGAGCUGCGUUUCCGCAACAAGAGCGCCUCCCCACCAACAAAGUUGAUCAUGGAGCCAGACCCUGACCCCACAGUCGUUACUCCAGAUCCAGAUAUACUGUACAACUUGAAGUGGAGAAGAGAGAAGACAGGCACCGAUGGCACCCAAUGGGAGUACACCUCUCAGGCUCAGGCCUUCUUCAUGCAACCGCCACCAGCCCUGACCUCAAUGGCUGCUUUGAAGGAAAUGCUCCAGAGAGCUGAUAAGGAGGGUGGACGUCCAGAGCUAUGCCCAUCACAGAAGAUUGGCUCCUCGGUCAGUGACAGCAGCCUGUGGACCAUGGGCAGAGAGUGGGAGGGUGAAGAAGUUAGGAGAGAGGAAAAGGAAGGGAAAGAAGAAGAAGAGGAGGAAGAAGAAGAGGAGGAGGUGGAGGUGAGAGGACGAGCUGAUGGAGGAAGGACUUUUGAAUCAAGAACAGCAGCUGUUCGCAGUGUGUCAUUCGCUGGAACUGUACAGAGAGGAGAGACAUCCUGGAUGGGCGAAGAUGUGAAGCAUCCAAUGAGAGGUCUUGGCCUGUCCUCUCUGUGCCUGCAGGAGAAGAAAGCUCUGGUCAGUGCGGUCAGUGUGGCAGUGGAAGCCGUCUUGGCCCAGUUCAGCUCUUCUCGGACCGUAGUUCAGAAGUCUCUCUCAGUUAACAAGGCCUUAUCAGGAGACAGCGCUAUAAAUCCAUCUCUGGGCCGUCUGGUGCUGCAGUGUCUCUGCCCCGCCCUGCACAGUUUGCUGACCGAUGGCCUAAAACCCCACCAGAGUGACCUGAUUGCAGGCAGGAGGCCAAAUUCAGCCUGGGGCCUGGUCCAGGCCUCCACCAAGCCAGGCCCUAGAACACAAGCCUUGUUCAACCUGCAAGUUCGAGUUGGAGAGCUGCCGCAGCUCAGACAGAGCAAACACAGGUUCAACGCAUUCCUCCUUGGCCUACUGAAUACCAAGCUUCUUGAUUUCUGGCUGUCUCACCUUCAGUCUUGCAGUGAUGUGUUGGAGACAUACUACCGCCCCUCCUCCUUUAUGUGUCUGUCGCUAACCGCCUGCCAACCUCUGUUUGAGGAACUGCUCCUGGUGCUGCAGCCUCUCAGCCUGCUGACCUUUAACCUCGACCUGCUCUUUCAGCACCACCACUUAGAGCAUGAUAGUCACAGUCCAGAGAUCCCCAGUCCACCUUGUCAGGAUGCAGGAUUCCAGCUGUCAACAAAGGGGUCCCAAUCUAAGAACGCAGGCUGCAGAUAUAUCGAAAGCCUCUCAGAAGUAGACUUUGGAAGUCCAGAACAUCAGGCAGAUAAAGAUGGUGCAAACUCGUCACCAUUGGCUAAUCCAAAGAAUGGAGGUUCAGGGGGGUCAACAAAUAGCAAUGCUGCACCCAUAAAGGCUUCGGUCAGCCUCGGGCAGACAAGUCCACAGCUGUUGUGGGUGCAGGAGAAGGAAAUUGGGGAAUUACCUCCUCCAAGCAUCGAGGAGGACAGCCUUGCUCAGCAGGCUGGACAGGUUAUCCAGCAGGGAUGGGGGGCUGUGAUGCGCUGGGGAGGCAGACUGAGCCAGAAUCUGGCUGAGCUGAGCCUGUCUGCAGGGAAAAGGGAGGAGAUGAAGAUGGAUCUGCCGGAUCUCCCGGUCCAGGCAGGGAGUGACUUCGCUCCGGUCAGCAGUGGCACUCAGGUUCCUUGGGGUCUGGGGCGUCUCUUUGGUGCCUCUAAAAGCCCCAACAGCCCAACAGGUCACACACCACCAUCCAGGCGUCCCUCUCAGUGGUUGGCUCCUGGUGUCACAGCGCUGACCCGAAUGGUGAGCAGCAGCUCCACCCCGAUGGUAAGGAGGGCUGCGGAGGCCCAAGGAGAAAGUGAGCCAGAGUCAGAGAGAGAGGUUGACACACUGGAGAUGAAGGACAAACCCAGACCACUCAGGUCAGUAAGAACGCUGUGUGACCACACUGGAACAGGUUCGGAGCUCAGCUUCUGCAAGGGGGAGGAACUCGUAAUCUUAGGAGGCGUUGAUCAAGACUGGAUCCGCUGUCGUCAGGGAGAUAAAGAGGGGCUGGUACCUAUUGGCUACACCUCGCUCAUCAUGUGACUCCGGCACCAUAACUGCUGCACUCAAUCAAUGAAAAAUAAAAAAAUAUAUUUUAGGCGAAUAUUGAGAGGUUAUGGUGAGGCUACACUACUCUGAAAGGGAUAUUUCACGCUGUCGUGGUUCUAGUUUGAUUUGAGUGCAUUAACACCAUCUGCUCUGCUUUACGUGCAUCAGCAGCAGCCUGCAGUCCCCUCUCCCUUUACGAACAUAUGGGAGAUUUUUCCCAUCGCAAUCCAUUCAGUUUGGUAGCAUUAAACUAAUGGAUUUUAGCAGCAGGAAUGCAGCAGAUGGUGUGAAAUAAUGACUCAAGUCAAAUUUAGACCAUUUCAUACUGGAAGAACUUUGAUCUUGGAGUUAAGUAUCCCUUUAAAUGUCCUUUCUUCAGUGUCUGCCUUCCCUUCCUUGUCAGCCGCUGAUCUGAAAAUGAUCACAGGGGAAAUUCUGUGGGAUCAACCGCUAGCAGAUCUAAGUGCAUACAGAUCAGCGGCUGCCAGCUGUGAGGAGGCGACAGUCGACAGCCUGGCGGUAGCCACGUUAAUAUCUCCAGCCAUCAGCAGUAGAGAGUCGUGACUCACAGGUUUGCCGAGUGGAGAAAGCAUGCUAGAGUACUGGGCCGUAGCUCCUGUUGCAUACUGCGUAGUAAUGUAGUGAAUUGUAGCUGUGUAGAUCUGUGUUCUAUUGACCUUUCACCCCUAUUGACCUCUCACCUUUAUCGCCUGGUUCAUGUGUGUUUGACAUGUUUCUGCUAUAUUUGACUGUAUAAAUAUACAUAAAUAUAUAUAUAUAUAGGUAUAUAAAUUGAGAUUGAUAUUAAAAAUAGAUAGAAAGAUAGGUGAACAAGAGAAAGCAGGUAGUGAGACAAGCAGCAGCUUAAUACUGUGGCCGCAGUGAGGAUGUGGAUUAAAAUUGAGUGGAUUACUUCUUUAUCUUUACAUCUGCAACUUUACACACACAUUAAGUGGUUGUCAUACAUGCAAAAAGAAAGGUGUAUGUGUUUGUUUUAAGUAUGAAAUCCAGUAUCUUCCCUCUUGUGUGCUUCAUGUAUUGCCAUUGUCUUGAGAUCAUAUUCAUAAAAAUGAUAAGAUUUAGCCUCAUACCUUUUAAACACUGUAUGCAUUGUAAUGUGCCAUGAAUGCUUCGAGUGAAUGCCAGAAAAUAUCUUAUCUAUCCCACACAGUUAUAGAAGAUAACCUACCCAGAUCGCAAACCCAGACAACAGCAAUCUGUAGCUAAUCUUUCUACUUGUCCCAAAAACCUCACAGGCCAACAUGGGUUGGACUUAACGCCUCACAAAACUAUGCUCAGCUCUUGUUCAACACUAUCUGAACUCCAAUUUAAUGCAGUAAGAGAAACCCUGAUGUAUGUAGUUCAUAACGGCUACUGUAAAGUUUGUAGGUUUGGUGGCUGGUCUUCACCUCGUACCUCAGCUUUUGUAUUUAUCUUAACCCUUCCUGCCAUGUUUGCUCAUCAUAAUCAUUGGUAUUAAUGACAGUGGUAGUAGAAGUGGUAGUGGUGGAAGUUAUAUGUUGAUUCUAAUGUUAAUCAUAUAAAAUACUUUGCUUUGCAGUUAUUAGUUCUUCUCUAGAUUCUGUGUCGAUGACUAUGCACAUGAGUAAAUGUGCAACUUAAAAGCCUUUUUGUCUUUUUGUGCAAAAUGACACCUAAAGCCUGUUAAAAUAAUAGGAGGCUUAAAUAGUUAAAGUAAAAUUAAAAGCGCCUGAUUUUAACUUGUCAUGAAAGGCUAACACUAAUUCAGCAGGAAAGUUUCAUUGUUGAGUAUUGCUAUCGAUCAGUCAGGGAAAGCUCAGUUCUUCAAGGUUUGCUUAUGUUAUUGUGUCAAUGCCAUGUAGCAUUACUGUCACUAUGGCAACAGUAGCAUUAAGUUAGACCAGUGCUCAUAACUUACCAAUGAACACAAUAAAAUUGCAUCUUCAUUGCCAUUAAAUGGAUGAUAAAUAGAUUUUUGCAAGAAAAUUGUUAAAAGAUAAAAUCUCAGCUGACACAUUUAAUUGUGUAUAAUGUUUUUUUGUUUGUUUGUUUUUUUUUUAUUCGUGCAUUUAUCCAAAUGUGAGAUAAUGGUCAAAAUGCAUUUGUUUAAAAGCUGUUAAUUUAUUGGAUGUACUAUUUAUUGAUCUUGAGGUUUCUGAAAGGAAUCACUAUCUAUCUAUCUGGGUUCUUUAUGUGUGUGAAGGAGAGAGAUAGCGUGCGUGUGUGUGUGUGUGCGCACAUGACGGUGUACGUGGCAGGGAAAGCAGCGAUGAGUGUGAGCACAUCUGUGUGUCUGCACAUCCUGCACUUUCACUUGAAUGUGUGUGUAAGUGUAACGAUGAGUUCUGUACCUCCCUCUCCUCCUCCUCCUCCCUUUCUCUCUGGUGUCAUGUAGCCUGUAGACCUCCCCUGUGUCCUACUAUUGCAUAUAGUUCAGUGCCCCUCUAGUGUCAGUCACUGUCCACCUCCUGCAUGUGCUUGUUUGUAAAUACACCAAAUAAAAAUGAUCAAUAUAAACCAAA